UUUUUUAUUGACUUAUUAUUAUUUAUCAACAAUGUUCAACGCCGAAAGCAGAAUUCUCAAGGCCGAAGACCAAAUUAACGAGCACGAAGAAACCGUCUCCAAGAUUGUCAAUGAUUACCAAAUCCAACUUAAAGAAGACUCCGUCAUCAGGAAGGAUCUCGAGAGAGUCUUCAUCGCUUCCGUCGAAGAGUUCCACGUUGUCGAGAGAGAUGGCCACCACAUCAAAUGCCUCCUGGUUAAAUUGCCAUACAAGUCAUUCGAGCCAUACACCAGAAUUAGAAGCGCCUUCGUCGGCCACCUCGAAAGAAAACUUAACUGCAUGGUCUUUGUGGUCGGAAUGAGGAAAAUCCUGUCAAAGCGUGUUAAGACUCCAGGAGUUAAGAAGAGACCCAUCUCUAGAACCCUCACUCAUGUCUUCAACUGUCUGCUCGACGACGUGUGUCUCCCAUCCCAGAUCGUCGGAAAACAAAUCAGAGUGCACACCGAUGGCACCCAGACCAUGAAAGUAUUCUUGGAUCCCCUCGACAAAGAAAAGGUCGAAGACAGGCUCGACGCCAUGAGCGAGGCUUACAAAAAGCUGACAACCAGAAAGGUAAAAUUCUUCUUUGCCAAGCCAACCAAGUUCCAGAAGCAACUCGCUGAGUUCAAGAAGAAGCAGCAGAAUAAGGCUUAAGUUGGUAAUAACACCA